UCUCUUUCGGGGGUUUUAGCUAUUUUCUCUCUCUCUCUCUCUCUCUCUCUCUCUCUCUCUCUCUCUAAGCGCCAUGGGGAAGAAGAAGAGCAGAGAUGGUGGCGAUGACAGAGCCAAGACCGACCACAGUCCAUCUACCGUCUUCGUUUCCAACUUACCUUAUUCCUUCACUAACUCUCAGUUGGAGGAAACUUUCAGCGAUGUUGGUCCGGUUCGGCGGUGUUUCAUGGUUACACAAAAGGGAUCAACUGCGCACCGGGGCUUUGGUUUUGUUCAUUUUGCUGUUACUGAAGAUGCUAACCGUGCUAUUGAGGUGAAGAAUGGCUCUUCUGUUGGAAGUCGGAAAAUUGCCGUUAAACAUGCUAUGCACCGACCUUCCCUUGAGCAGCGUCGAUCAAAGACAAGUCAAGCUCCAAAAUCGGAUGAUAAAGAAGAAGUAAAUGUCAAAGAUGUUACUGCUUCCAAAUCUGAAGAAGAUACUUCAAAAUUGGAGGAGAAAGUUGUUGCUGAUAAAACAGUUCCAGAGAAAAAAUUGGUGGUUGGAAAGUCUGAAGCAGCUACUUCGAACUUGGAGGAGAGAGUUGUUGCUAUUAAAAAAGUUCCAGUGAAAAAAUUGGUGGUUGGAAAGUCUACAACACUUCAUAAAGAUCUGGAGGAUAAAACUGGCUGUUCAGAGAAGCAAAGGGUUGCUAGGACUGUUAUAUUAGGUGGUCUUCCUAAUGCCAAGAUUGCAGCGAAUGUCCACAGCAAAGCUAGAAAGUUUGGUACGGUAUGUUCUGUAGCAUUCCCGCUUCCACAAGAAGAGCUUGAGAAGCAUGGUCUUAUGCAAGAUGGAUGCAAAGUGAAUGCUUCAGCAGUUCUUUAUACAAGUGUCAAAUCAGCUCGUGCUGCUGUUGCAAAGUUGCACCAAAAAGAGAUUAGAGGGGGUGUUCUUUGGGCACGUCAGCUGGGUGGGGAGGGUUCCAAGACUCAGAAAUGGAAACUUAUUGUUAGGAACCUUCCUUUCCAGGUGAAAGCAGAAGAGUUAAAGAAUAUGUUUUCACCAGCAGGGUUUGUCUGGGAUGUAUUUAUUCCACAAAAUUCUGACACUGGGCUUUCUAAGGGUUUUGCAUUUGUCAAAUUUACAUCUAAAAGUGAGGCAGAAAAGGCAAUUCAAAAGUUCAAUGGGCAGACGUUUCAAAAAAGACCAAUAGCAGUUGACUGGGCUGUUUCCAAGAAAGUGUAUAGCCAAGACACUAAUGCGAAUCUUGAUUCCGAAAAUGGAAAAGAAAAUGAAAGUGGUGGGGAAACAGAAAGUGAUAGUGAUGAUUCUGAUGAUGAUGUUGAGGAGUCCAGUAGAAAAUCAAAGCACCUUGAUGGUGAUAAGGCUUCUGAUGACAUCGAGAAAGAAGAAAACCCUCCGGAGAUUGAUUUUGAUGAAGAAGCAGACAUAGCAAAAAAGGUUUUACAGAACUUAAUAGCAUCCUCUUCUAAAGGAACCCUUCCUUCUGGGGAUGAUGAUCCUGAACUUCAAGAGAAAAAUGCUGAAGUUAAUGUUGGAGCAUCUGAUGCAUCCGAUGCAUCUGGUGAGGUGCUUAAUGAGUUGCCUCGGGAGUCUGUGAAACCAUCAGAUGUUUCUAAGCCUGAAAGUUCUGAUAAAAGCAAGGGAUCAGCAGUUAAACAAACAGAGGAAAAGGAGGAUUUGCACAAAACACUUUUCAUAAGCAACCUCCCAUUUGAUAUUGACAAAGAAGAAGUGAAAGAACGAUUUUCUGCUUUUGGGGCAGUGCAAUCCUUUGUCCCAGUUCUUCAUCAAGUGACCAAGCGACCAAGAGGAACUGGUUUCCUUAAGUUCAAAACAGAGGAUGCUGCUACUGCUGCUGUUUCAGCAGCUAAUGCUGCAUCUGGCUUAGGGAUCGUCCUGAAAGGUAGGCAAUUGACUGUCUUGAAGGCUUUGGAUAAAAAGUCAGCUCACGAAAAGGAAAUAAACAAGACCAAGAAUGAGGAUCUUGAUCAACGCAAUCUUUACCUGGCAAAGGAAGGUCUUAUUCUCGAGGGAACUUCAGCUGCAGUAGGCGUUCCUGCUAGUGAUAUGUUAAAACGCCAAAUGUUGGAAAAAAAGAAGACAACAAAGCUUCAAUCCCCAAAUUUCCAUGUAUCGAGGACUAGACUUGUUAUUUACAAUUUGCCUAAGACAAUGAAUGAAAAAGAGCUUAAGAAGCUUUGCAUAGAUGCUGUAAUAUCACGAGCUACAAAGCAAAACCCUGUAAUUAAACAGGUAAAGAUAAUGAAGGAUAUGAAGAAAGGAAAGGAGGUCGCAAAGCAUCACUCUCGUGGAGUUGCUUUUGUCGAGUUUUCAGAGCAUCAACAUGCACUAGUUGCCCUAAGAGUUCUCAAUAAUAACCCUGCAACUUUUGGUCCUGAUCACCGCCCAAUCGUAGAGUUUGCUGUUGAUAAUGUUCAAACAUUGAAGCUUAGAAAAAGUCAGCAACAACGAACUCAGUUCAGGCCCCGUGAUGAUUCACAAAAUGUAAAGCAAAUAAGUAAUGAUUUGAACGAACCAGAUUCACAUCCAAAUGAUAACAAGUCCAGAAAAAGAAAACCCAGAGGUGAGUAUCAAAAACCUAACGAUAAUGCAGUAAACAAAAAAGACGAGAUUGAAAAUGUAGCUUCCAAUGGAGCUACUGCUGGCAAAGAACGGGGAGCGUGGAAGAGGCAGAAAAAUAAUCCAGCAGUUGGAAAUGUGAGAAAGCCUUCAUUGAAAGAAAUUCCAGGAGGCGAAAAACCAAAAGCAGAAGUCUCGGAAGGAGGAGGGAGAAAACCCAAUGAUGCUCGAAGAUCUAAAUCCUCCGAGGAGACUAAUAUGCAGCCUAAAAAGAGGAAGCAGCAAAUUCCUACAGAAAUGGAGAGAAGAAAAAGGCCAAAGAAGAACAAAGAUCCACAAGGGAGAGACAUGGGAGAUAAGCUUGACAUGCUUAUCGAACAAUAUCGAUCCAAAUACUCAAAACCGAGCUCCAACAAAACUGACGGUGAGAGGCCUAAUUCAGGGAAACUUAGAAAAUGGUUCCAGUCUUAGUCACAUACUGUUACAUGUCUACAUUAAAUCCCACCUUUUUUUGUAAUAGAUUACAGAAAACAGGGCAAAUUAUUUGCCCAUAAAUUUUGUGCUUUUAAUUAACUUAACAAUUUUGCUUUUAAAUUGGAGAAAUGUCGUAAAAGUUAAAUGGUCUAGCAUGGCUCAACAGUGGUUGUUGGGUAUUAAGCCGUACACUAAUAUAAAUUUACACAACCAAUUUUAUUUAA